AUGCCAUUAAUGAUUGAAGUCAAUGAACAAGGAGAAAAAAUCCUUGUUCAGAGCGGCUAUAUGUACAUUGAGGAUUAUCUCCUUCGUAGGGAGGUUCGUUGGAAAUGCGUUUAUUUUAAGAAUCUUAAGUGUGAAGGCUUUUGCGACACGUCAUCUACACAGGAGGAUGGUUAUGUGGUACAAGAAAGUGAACAUUCUCAUCCUUCUUAUCAAGAAAAAAUCGCAUAUAAUGUUGCCGUCUGGAAUUAUUGUACUAAUUGGAAUCCUAUGAUGACUCCUACACCAAGAGAGACGACGUUGGCCCGACCUAUAGCGCUAUCGAUUAAUGUAAUCGGCUAUAAUUACAUUGGUGAUAAUCCCCGUCGUAGGACACUUGUUUGGAAAUGGGUUAAUUUUAAGAAUCUUAAGUGUAAAAGCUUUUGCGCCACGUCGUCUGCGAAGAAUGACGGUUAUGUGGUACAGAAAAGUGAACGUUCUCAUCCUCCUUAUCAAGAAAAAAUGGCAUAUAAUUUUGGCGUCUGGAAUUUUCAUACUAAUUGGAAUCCUAUGAGGACUCCUACACCAAGAGAGAUGAUGUUGAACCGAGCUAUAGCGAAAUCGAUUAACGUAAGAAAUUUGCUUGUUGAUGACGAUGGCUAUCUUUACUUUCGUAGUCGCCGUUAUGAAAAAUACAUAUGGAAGUGCAUUUUCUCUGAUGAAUUUGGCUGUCCAGGCCGUUGUAAAACGUCGAGUUGGCAAGAGAAUGGUGUUAUAAUGUAUGUACGUAGUCACAACCAUCCUUCUGCAAAACAAAUGGAGGAGAAAUUAAAUCAAGAUCGGCAAAGUAUAUUUAUAGAGUUAGUUGCCAGUGUCUCGAAAUCACUCAAUAUUCCGAAUAAUAUUAGGGAAAGACACGUUCUUGAUGAGCACGGCUAUAUUUACUCUUAUUGUCCGGGUUAUGAAACAUUAAAAUGGAAGUGUAUCUAUUAUAAGGAACUUGAGUGUGAAGGCUGGUGCAAAACGUCGAGUUCGCGAGAGAAUGGUGAUAUUAUUCAUAGACAUAGUCACAAUCAUCUUCCUGGUUCUCAAGAAAGACUUGACGGGACGAUGAGUAAACAACAUAAUCAGCUUAGAGAAUUGGCUUCUGUUACUAGUAUCUCAAAUUUUCACACUAAUUCGAAUCCUAUGACUCCUAUGACUCCUAGGACUCCUACACCAAGAGAGACGACGUUGGUCCGACCUAUAGCGCUAUCGACUAAUGUAGGACCACCUCAACCAGGACAGCCAUUUAAAUUCACAGUAAUCGACCUUAAAUUGGAGUGCGAGAAACUGGCCAGUGAAAAAAUAGAGAUACAGAGGCAUUACGUGAUG